GAAUUGCAAAAUAAAAAUAGAACCAAAACGUUGGAGAAAAUUAAAAAAAUGCUUCGCCUUUCGAAAAAAAUUGUGCCCGCAAUACUAAAUAACUUAACAAAAACAACACGUUGGACAAAUCAAGAAGUUGUUAUUGUUUUUCAAACAAAACGCAUGUUUUCAGAAAAAAGUAAAUUUUCAAUUAAGAACGAAGAAUAUGGAAGGCCUCUUUAUUUUGAUGCACAAGCUACAACACCUUUGGACCCCAGAAUUCUUGAUGCUAUGCUACCAUAUCUUGUAAGCUACCAUGGCAAUCCACAUUCAAGAACACAUGCUUAUGGGUGGGAAAGUGAGGCUGCAGUAGAGAAAGCAAGGGAGCAAGUAGCUAAUUUGAUUGGUGCAGACCCUAAGGAAAUUAUUUUCACUUCUGGAGCCACUGAGUCAAAUAAUAUUUCAGUAAAAGGAGUAGCACGCUUUUAUGUUCCAAGGAAGAAACAUGUUGUAACAACUCAAAUUGAACAUAAAUGUGUAUUAGAUUCAUGUCGUGCUUUGGAAGGAGAAGGAUUUAAAAUAACAUAUUUACCAGUUGGCCCUAAUGGUAUUAUUAAUAUAAAAGAACUUGAGAAUGCACUUACCCCUGAAACCAGCCUUGUAUCCAUUAUGAUGGUAAACAAUGAAAUAGGUGUUAAGCAGCCAAUUGCUGAAAUAGGAGAAUUGUGUAGGAGCAAAAAGAUAUUUUUCCACACUGAUGCAGCUCAAGCUAUAGGGAAAAUUCCAAUAGAUGUAAAUAAAAUGAAUAUCGAUUUGAUGUCAAUUUCUGGUCAUAAAGUCUAUGGUCCUAAAGGAGUAGGUGCUUUAUAUAUUAGGCGCAGACCCAGAGUUCGAGUAGAACCCAUACAAAGUGGUGGAGGGCAAGAGAGGGGUAUGAGAAGUGGAACAGUUCCUACUCCACUAGUAGUUGGAUUAGGAGCAGCAUGUGAACUUGCUGGUCGUGAAAUGGAGUAUGAUCAUGCUUGGAUGGAGAAGUUAUCAAAGAGGUUUCUAGAUAAAAUUUAUUCAAAACUUACUCAUGUCAUUAGAAAUGGUGAUGCUCAUGAAACAUAUCCUGGAUGCAUAAAUUUAUCAUUUGCUUAUGUAGAAGGUGAAUCAUUGUUAAUGGCUUUAAAAGAUGUUGCUUUGUCUAGUGGGUCAGCUUGCACAUCUGCAUCUUUGGAGCCAUCUUAUGUGCUAAGAGCCAUAGGCACUGAUGAAGAUUUGGCACAUAGCUCAAUCAGAUUUGGAUUGGGUAGAUUUACUACUGUUGAAGAAGUAGAUUAUACAGCUGAAAAAACUAUUCAACAUGUGGAAAGACUAAGAGAAAUGAGCCCUCUGUGGGAAAUGGUGCAGGAAGGAGUGGAUAUAAAAAAUAUUCAAUGGUCACAGCACUAAUUUGAACAAAAUAGAACUUGGAGAGUUUAUUCAA